AUGAAUUCAAUAUCAUUAUGCGGGCGCUCUGCGCCUAAGAGAACCAUCUAUACAACAAUACGAACGCUGUCCUCAGCCUCCAAUACACAAAAACGCGAGCUCAAAGACCUCACCCCGUCCGACCUCUGCUACUACUGGGAUACGCAACCUCCCCGACCCGAACAACUAGCCUUCGCCGACAAGGUCUUCACUCCGUCCCGUCAUUCUCCCUUGAAGCUCUGGUCCGCGGCCAAGUUCCGCACGACACCACUCUCAUCGGAAGACCCCGAAGUCGCAUUCCUAGGCAGGUCAAAUGUCGGCAAGAGCUCACUCUUGAACGCAAUAAUGGGGCAGGAGGUCUGCUGGACAUCCUCGAAACCAGGACGGACGAGGGAAAUGAACGCAUUUGGGAUUGGGGGAACGAAAGGCGGCGAACACAAGGUCGUCUUGCUUGAUAUGCCGGGAUAUGGAAAGGCCAGUCGAGCUGAGUGGGGAGCGGAGAUUAUGAAGUAUCUCCAGGGACGGAAGCAACUCCGUCGAGCAUUCAUCCUCAUCGACAGCACGCAUGGCAUUAAACAAACAGACGCCGAUAUCCUCCAAAUGUUUCGACACUACGCCAUCCCACACCAGAUCAUCCUUUCCAAAGUCGACAAAUUCCUCGCGAAAAAGAUGAAGUUAAUAAAGUCCGGCGUAUCGCCGUACAACCUCGAACGACUUCAGCUUUUGCUGCAGGGUGUCAAACCAAUUAUCCAACCUGAUCCUCGAGUCUCCGAGGGGCCUGGUGCCCUAGGUGAGAUCUUGACUUGCAGUGCUGAGGCGCAGAUUGGUCCUGGUCGCGCGCUGGGGAUUGAUGCUAUUCGCUGGUCGAUUUUGUCUGCUGCUGGUAUUGACGGGAGUCUAGAGGGUAGUCGUCCUGCUGAUCCGGUGCCUGCCGUGGAUACGUCGAAUUCUGUUUGGUGA